AUUUCUAUCUCUAGUUACCCUUUUUCCGCCCUGACCUUUCCCGAUGCGGCGUUCUGGGCAGCACCAUAGAUGUGGCGUACGUCACUUCCGUUCGGUCUGUGAGCCCAGAGACAAAAUGGUGCCUCCGGUGCAAGUCUCCCCGCUGAUCAAGUUCACCAGGUACUCAGCACUGCUACUUGGAAUGAUCUAUGGAAAGAAAAGAUAUGACUACCUGAAACCUAUCGCUGAGGAGGAAAGGAGGAUAGAAGCAGAGGAGAAAAAGAAGCGUGAGGAAAUGGAACGAAUUGCAAAAGCACUUGCAGAAGCCAAUGAAGAUACAAUACUGAAAUGAACCUGCCCAGUCCUCUUCUUCAUUUUUAAUAUCCCGUGUUUGAAAUACUGAAGUAUAAUCCUGUCAAAUAAAUUUACAUCAAUAAACAUAUUCUGUCAGUA